AUGUUUUUGUUUUUAGCCUGUGUCAACAGCUGGCCUUGUUAGCAAUAGUGAGCAGUGCUCUAAACUAAAGAUCACCGCUCUCUACGUUAGUUAAUUCAGCAGACAGAUGUUGGAGAUGUAACGUUAGCUAGAUACAUUAUUUAAUAUCUUCGUUUUUAUGUCUUAUAACACAAGAAUAGAGGUUAGUUUAGAUGAAUGUUGGCACACUGUGUGUGAGUCUUGUUCUGAGAGGAGAACAGGUGAUGAUGUCUGAGGUCAGAGACAACCUGUCCAACCAGGCAGAGGUGGAGACAUGCAGAGACCAGGCAGAGGUGGAGACAUGCAGAGACCAGGCAGAGGUGAAGACAUGCAGAGACCAGGCAGAGGUGGAGACAUGCAGAGACCAGGCAGAGGUGAAGACAUGCAGAGACCAGGCAGAGGUGAAGACAUGCAGAGACCAAGCAGAGGUGAAGACAUGCAGAGACCAGGCAGAGGUGAAGACAUGCAGUGACCAGGCAGAGGUGAAGACAUGCAGAGACCAGGCAGAGGUGAAGACAUGCAGUGACCAGGCAGAGGUGGAGACAUGCAGUGACCAGGCAGAGGUGAAGACAUGCAGAGACCAGGCAGAGGUGAAGACAUGCAGAGACCAGGCAGAGGUGAAGACAUGCAGAGACCAGGCAGAGGUGGAGACAUGCAGUGACCAGGCAGAGGUGGAGACAUGCAGUGACCAGGCAGAGGUGAAGACAUGCAGAGACCAGGCAGAGGUGAAGACAUGCAGUGACCAGGCAGAGGUGGAGACAUGCAGAGACCAGGCAGAGGUGGAGACAUGCAGAGACCAGGCAGAGGUGAAGACAUGCAGUGACCAGGCAGAGGUGGAGACAUGCAGUGACCAGGCAGAGGUGAAGACAUGCAGAGACCAGGCAGAGGUGAAGACAUGCAGAGACCAGGCAGAGGUGAAGACAUGCAGAGACCAGGCAGAGGUGGAGACAUGCAGAGACCAGGCAGAGGUGAAGACAUGCAGAGACCAGGCAGAGGUGAAGACAUGCAGAGACCAGGCAGAAGUGGAGACAUGCAGAGACCAGUCAGAAGUAGAGACAAGCAGAGACCAGGCAGAGGUGGAGACAUGCAGAGACCAGGCAGAGGUGGAGACACGCAGAGACCAGGCAGAGGUGGAGACAUGCAGAGACCAGGCAGAGGUGGAGACAUGCAGAGACCAGGCAGAGGUGGAGACAUGCAGAGACCAGGCAGAGGUGGAGACAUGCAGAGACCAGGCAGAGGUGGAGACAUGCAGAGACCAGGCAGAGGUGGAGACAUGCAGAGACCAGGCAGAGGUGGAGACAUGCAGAGACCAGGCAGAGGUGGAGACAUGCAGAGACCAGGCAGAGGUAGAGACAUGCAGAGACCAGGCAGAGGUGGAGACAUGCAGAGACCAGGCAGAGGUAGAGACAUGCAGAGACCAGGCAGAGGUAGAGACAUGCAGAGACCAGGCAGAGGUGGAGACAUGCAGAGACCAGGCAGAGGUGGAGACAUGCAGAGACCAGGCAGAGGUGGAGACAUGCAGUGAGCAGGCAGAGGUGGAGACAUGCAGAGACCAAGCAGAGGUGGAGACAUGCAGAGACCACGGUGGAUGUGACCCUGUGAAAUCUGCCUGUACUGAAGCUUCUAAGCCUGACCUGCAGCGUGUUCUACCUGCUGGUCACCCAUCCUCAGCAGACGCCAGCCCCACACCUUCUGCUGAGGCCAGUGGCUUGUUGUCAUUACCAUGGGAGGUGGUAACCCACAUUGCCUCUCACCUUCCUGCUCAGUGCGUCAUGACUGUGCUGCCAAAGGUCUGUCAUGCACUGGGUAAUGUGGGUAAGGACAGCACCACUUGGCAGCUCCGGGCACACAGACUAAUAGGAUCCCGAUCUGGCUUUCCAGUGGGGCCGAGGGAGGACUUUGACUGGUCCUCUGCCUGUCUGGAGAUGGAGCAGCUGAUAACAUUCUGGAGAGGCCAAGCGCACCUUGUGGCCAGACAGACCCAAGAGGAUGAGGAGGAAAGGGAACAAGUGAGGCAGCAGCAAAGGGCAGGGCAGGAUGGGGAACCAGUUGCAGAAGGACAGGAAGAUGGUAGAGAGGAUGAGGUCGAAGGGGUGGGAGUGGAAGCGCAGGAGGUCGCGUAUGGUGUUGAUGAAGGGAUGGAGGUGGCAAUGGAAGGUGAGGAUGAUGAAAUGCAGCCCGUCGUAGGUGGGGACCAACUGGCUAGAUUGAGAGAGGAGUUGGAAGAGAGACUGGUGGAUGAUGCAGCAGCACUAAUGGAAGAAGAAAGGGACCACAGGAUGGCGUGUGAUGCCAAUGAGGAGCAAGAGGGUUCUCUAAAUCACCACGAGAACGUGGCAGACCCCAGGAAUCUGGGUAAUGGAAGACACGAAGAGAUGGAGCAACCACCCCCAGCGCUGGAGUGCGUCACCCUACUUUCAGGCCACAUUGCGCAGAUCAACUCAGUCCUCCUUGUGGGGGGAGAAGGGGCAGUUUGUGCCACAGGCUCCAGAGACUGGAAUGUUAAACUGUGGGAUCUACAGGCAGCCUCUGGUGGCACAUUGCUGCACACAUUGGGAGGGCGGGGCGACUUCAGCACUCAUCGGGGCUGGGCCUGGUGCCUGGCAUCUCAGGGACCUCUGCUGGCCUCGGGGGGCUUCGACAGCACAGUGAGGCUGUGGGACCUACAGGCAGGUGGUGCAGAGAGGGGCCUGAUCAGGACUGGGGCCGCUGUCCUCUGCUUGUCCUGUCAGACGGAUGUAUUGCUGGCUGGUACAUUUAACAAGAGGGUCAGCAUGUACGACACCAGAGCUGCUGAACCCCUGGUGAAGAGCCUCCGUCUCCAUGGUAGCGCUGUAAUGUGCCUAGCUGAAGAUGACAAGUACAUCAUCUCUGGGAGUAAAGACUUCACUGUGGCGGUCUAUGACCGUAGGGCAGGCAAGGUCUUGAAGAAACUAAAGCUGAGCUCUUACCUGUAUUCCAUGAGCUACAGCGGCUGUGAAGUAUGGGCAGGAGACAACAGCGGCAUGCUCCACUCGUUUUCCAUGCAGGCGGGGACCUUAAAACCGCUGUCCCAGUUUGAUGUGGGACACACAGCUCUGGUCACUGGCAUCCACAGGUCCACUGGAAGCCUCUACACCUGUUCAUCUGAUCGCACUGUGAAGGUACAUAUCCCCUGUGCUCCUCCGAGGACAUUAUGUACAAUGCGUCACCAAAGUGGAGUCAGUGGGCUGAGCGUGGAGGCUGGAGUCUUCGCUGUAGUCGCGGGGGAUGUGUCCGUGAGUGUGGAAGUCUGGAGGCCCAGAAAAUGAAAGAGCAAGACCCGCAAACUAUGUGGCAAGACGUGAAAGCAGGCGGCGACGAGACCUGAAGCAUUUUUCAAUUUGAAACAACAUGACACUAGAAAUAAAGUGACACUAAAAGAAAA